AUGUUUCGUGUUGGUCGUAUCAAUCGUUUCAAUCCGAUUGCCUUGAGAAAGGUUACUUGCAGGAAUGUCGCAACUUCAGUUCCCGUAAUUUCGGAUAUAGAAAAAAAAUGGAAGUCACUUUCUGUUGAUGAACAAAGUAGCAUUUCAAAGCAGCUUGAAGAACUCCAAAAACAAGAUUGGAAUAAGAUAUCUGUCGAAGAAAAAAAAGCAGCAUACUAUAUUUCUUUUGGCGCCCACGGUCCAAGAGAGCCACUGACAAAACCAGGCCAUGUGAGCAAGAUGAUUGCUGCAGUUUCUGGUAUUGUUGCUGUCUCUUAUGGGAUCUUUUACAUGACCCGGAAAGCAGUCCCCGAAAAACCGGUGUCCCUAACCAAAGAAUGGCAAGAAGCUACAAAUGAAAAGUUGCUUCAGCAAAAUAUCAAUCCCAUAUCUGGUAUAUCUUCUGAAGGAUAUAAGGGAAAAGGAUAUGUGACCGAGAAAUAA